GUAGUUACCCUAGCAUUUCACACACAGUAAUGGCGUCUCGGAGAGUCUUAUCAUCACUUCUCCGUUCAUCCUCCGGCAGAUCUACCGCCAGAUUCGGGAGCCGUAACCCUAGGUUCCCGUCUCCUUCACCAGCUCGCCGCGCAGCUCCUUUCGGAGACAUCCUCGGACGCGUCGCCGAAUAUUCGACCUCUUCACCGGCUGCGCCAUCAUCGUCUGCUGCUCCAGGCAAAGAUGAGGCGGCGAAGAAGACUUACGAUUACGGUGGGAGAGGUGCGAUCGGGAAGGUUUGCCAGGUCAUUGGUGCUAUAGUGGAUGUGAGAUUUGAAGAUCAGGAAGGAUUGCCGCCGAUAAUGACGUCACUGGAGGUGCAGGAUCAUCCGACGAGGCUGGUGCUUGAGGUGUCUCAUCAUUUGGGGCAGAAUGUUGUUAGGACUAUUGCUAUGGAUGGUACUGAAGGUCUUGUUCGUGGUAGGCGCGUUCUCAACACUGGCGCUCCUAUCACUGUUCCGGUUGGAAGAGCUACACUUGGACGUAUUAUGAAUGUUCUUGGAGAACCUAUUGACGAGAGAGGCGAGAUUAAGACUGAGCACUACCUUCCUAUUCACAGAGAUGCUCCAGCUUUGGUUGAUCUAGCCACCGGGCAAGAGAUCCUUGCCACUGGUAUUAAGUCUGAGAGCAAAUGUGCUCUUGUGUACGGACAAAUGAACGAGCCCCCGGGUGCCCGUGCCCGUGUUGGACUUACUGGUUUGACUGUUGCCGAGUAUUUCCGUGAUGCCGAAGGCCAAGAUGUGUUGCUUUUCAUUGACAACAUUUUCCGUUUCACUCAGUUAUUUACUCCCCAUGGCUUCGACCUUCUGUCUGAAAAUCCUUGCAUCUAUGUGACUUCAAUGGAUGGCCACAAAGCCUUGGAUUCCCCAAAACCGCAGUUCGUCCUAUGUUAA